UAAAUCAGUGUCGGAGGCGCUCCGGCCGCUGAUUGGCUGCGCGCGUCGCCUCCAAUCACGGAGCGGCGCAGAUUCUACUCACUCACGCACACACUCACACACAAACCGGAGCGGGCGGCUCGGAAAGUCAAAUAAAGCAAACACCGUGAGUCUUUUCUCUCCGGGGCGGACAUUUGCCUUCAUCUGAAGAGAAAGCUCGGCUCUGGGAGUAAGAGAGGAAGUGAAAACAAAACUGGAUUAAUCGAAUAAUCUGUUCGUCUAAAUGGACUGUCUCGGGUUAAAGCUACUGAGGACGAUUCUGGACCACAAACGGAUUAUAUAUAUUUGUUUUCCUCUUUUGUCCUGUGAUGUAUAUUUGACAUUCCUUUGAGUGAGGAUGACUGCCCUCAUGGUGCAGCAGGUGCUCUGCCUCCUCCUCCUCCUCCUCCUGCUGCUGCUGUGCGCUCUCCAACCCUGCAGCGCUCAGACGCCAGAAGUGGCAGUUUGUUCCGGCACACAGAACGGUCUGAGCACUACGGGGAAUUCAGACGAGCGGUAUGACACGAUGAAGAAGAUGUACAACAACUGCGACAUAGUGAUGGGUAACCUUGAGAUCACCAUGAUGGAGCACACCCGAGACUUCAGCUUCCUGCAGUCUAUCAAGGAAGUGACAGGCUACAUUCUGUUUGCCGUCAACGAGUUCAGCCGCCUCCCUCUGGACAACCUGCGCGUCAUCAGAGGCAACACUCUCUACGACAACCGCUAUGCCUUGGCUGUGAUGGUCAACUACCAGAGGGAGGGUCAAAACGGCCUGCGAGAGCUCGGUCUGACACACCUUACAGAGAUUCUGGAAGGUGGCGUCAAGAUCAUCAAGAACCACUACCUGAGCUACGCCCCGCAGGUCAACUGGAAAGACAUAGUGAAGGAUGACACCAUUCCCAUCGAGAUUGAAGCCAAUGGUCCUAAAGGGAUCUGUAGUGAAGAGUGUGGAGACGUGCCAUGUUGGGGACCAGGAAUUAACCAGUGCCAGAUAUUGACAAAGACUGUGUGCGCUCCUCAGUGUAACGGCCGGUGCUUCGGCAGAAACCCGAACGAGUGUUGCCACGGUGAAUGUGUUGGAGGCUGCACAGGUCCCCUGGAUACAGACUGCUUUGCUUGCAAGAACUUCAACAACUCAGGCUCAUGUGUGACCCAGUGUCCCCAGGCUCUGAUUUACAACAAACAUGCAUUCAAAAUGGAGCCCAAUCCCAACGCCAAGUACCAGUUUGGCUCCAUCUGUGUGUCCCAAUGCCGCGAAAACUUUGUGGUGGACGACAGCUCCUGUGUGAGCAAGUGCCCGCCGGACAAAAAGGAGGUGGAGAAAAACGGCGUGAAACGAUGUGAGCUGUGCGGAGGCCUCUGCCCAAAAGCUUGUCCCGGUACAGGAGGUCCAGUGGGAGAAACCGUUGAUGCUAGUAACAUUGACAGUUUCAUAAACUGCACUAAGAUUCAGGGCAGUCUUGAAUUCCUGGUGACGGGGAUCGAAGGUGAUCCUUACAAUAAAAUCCCAGCCCUUGACCCAGAAAAKCUCAAAGUCUUCAGCACCGUGGAGGAGAUUACAGAUUUCCUCAAUAUUCAAUCAUGGCCGAAAAGCCUGUCAGACCUGUCUGUCUUUUCCAACCUUCGAACCAUUCAAGGCAGAACUCUUUACAAGGGCUACUCCCUUCUAGUGAUGAGGACCAAACCUCUCACCUCCCUCGGGCUGCGCUCGCUGCAGAGAAUAAACGACGGCAGCAUCUACAUCGCCAAUAACAAGAAGCUCUGCUUCCUCGACACCAUGAACUGGACACGCAUCUUAAACAACAGCUCCCGUGCGCAAAAACGAAGCAAGCUAGUCGAAAUCAGGGACAACCGGCCUCAAGAGGAGUGUCGGCUGCUGGGGUCCCGGAGUGAAUCAGUGUGUUUCCUGCAAGAAAUACAGCCGAGGAGGGACGUGUGUGGACGACUGCCUCUUCUUAAAGGGGGAGCAGAUCAGUGUGUUGCCUGUGCCAGCCUGCAGGACGGUCCACACUGUGUCUCCUCGUGUCCUGACGGUGUCAUGGGUGGAGAGGGAGUCAUCUUUAAAUACCCCAACAAACAAGGCAGAUGUGAGCCGUGCCAUGUUAACUGCACCACAGGGUGCACAGGCCCAGGAAAGGGAGACUGUUUGGGGACUUCUCGUUAUCUUUCUGGACAACCAACCACGUUCAUCGUGCUGGGGGUGAUUUUCUUGAUCUUCUGCGCAUUCUCCAUUUUUGUGCUGACUGUUCUGUACCGUCGAGGUCUCGCCAUUCGUCGCAAACGAGCCAUGAGGAGAUACAUGGAGAGCGGGGAGACCUUUGAACCUUUGGAAGAGAAAGAAAAAGUCCACGCUCGCAUCUUGAAACCUUCAGACAUACGUAAGAUCAAGCUGCUGGGUAAUGGAGUAUUUGGAUCUGUGCAUAAGGGCAUCUGGGUUCCUGAGGGAGACACAGUGAAGUUACCUGUUGCCAUAAAGACGAUUCAGGAUCGCACUGGUCGACAGACCUUCUGCCAAGUGACAGAUCACAUGAUGACGAUGGGAAGCCUGAACCACGUUAACGUUGCAAAGACAUUGGGUAUUUGUCCCGGGGACAGCCUGCAGCUCGUCACCCAGCUCAGCACUCAUGGCUCCCUGCUGGAGCACGUGAGGAGCAACCGGAACAAGCUCAGCCCCCAGAGGCUGCUCAACUGGUGUGUUCAAAUCGCAAAGGGUAUGAAUUACCUGGAGGAGAACAGGAUUGUUCACAGGAACCUGGCUGCCAGGAACGUGCUCCUGAACAAUAAUUUCACCGCGCAGAUUUCAGAUUACGGCAUUGCGGACCUGCUCUACCCUGACGACAAGAAGUACUUUUAUAAUGAAGUCAAGACACCAAUCAAGUGGAUGGCCUUGGAGAGCAUCUUGUUUCGCAGAUACACACAUCAGAGUGAUGUCUGGAGUUAUGGUGUGACCAUUUGGGAGAUGAUGUCUUAUGGGACAGAGCCAUAUGCAGCAAUGCGUCCUCAGGAGGUUCCUGACCUGCUGGAAAAAGGCGAGCGUCUGUCCCAGCCUCAAAUAUGCACCAUUGACGUCUACAUGGUCAUGGUGAAAUGUUGGAUGAUUGACGAGAAUGUUCGUCCAACAUUCAAGGAGCUGGCUGGUGAAUUUACCAGAAUGGCCAGAGAUCCACCUCGCUACCUGGUGGUCAAAGAGGACUGCAGCCAACAGGAAGCGGCCCCUGAUGAAGUCGCUCAGCGGAGUGCAGACCUGGAUGACCUGGAUGAUCUGGAUAAUGAGCUGGAUGACCUGGUGGCAGAAGGGACGCUGGAUGACUUGAAUCCAGCACCCCAUUACCUGUCCAGGAGUCUGAGUCGUAUUUCCAGAAUGGAGCCACAAAGAGUGGUCCUAAAUCCAUCAACCGGAGCUGGAUACCUGCCCAUGACUCCCGGGGUUGACCAUACAGUACAGGCCAUGUGGCAGUCACGGUCUCGACUAAACUCUGCACACACCAUGUCUGAGUGCUCCGAAGGAUACGGCGCCGCACAUGAGAUGGACACGAAUGAGGACUUCUCUGCGACAGGGAGCCUGAAACGAAGACGUCACCGCGAGGACAGUGCUUAUGUGUCUCAGAGGGACAGCAUAUCUGGAGGGCCAUCAGAGACUCCGUCGCCAGAGGUCGAGGAAGAAGAUCAAAAUGGAUAUGUGCUCCCUGGAGGCAGCCCAGAAAGAGAUCCUCUACUGUUCUCAUCUCGAGCCAUGAUGGUAAAGUCUCAUUCGUCAGGUCUCUUGGAUGACCCGGAUGAAGAAUACGAGUACAUGAACAGGCAAACACCUGUUUCACUACGGCAAAACAAUCCCUGGCCACAGUCGAACAAGAAGCGAAGCCUGUCUGUGUCGUCGCAAGCGAUGGCCCGCUCCUGUGAAACCCCUCUUUCUGUGGUCGGCAGAGGUGGACAAACAACGAGCAACAGGGCUGACUCAAAGGAGCCAGUCGAAUAUGAAUAUAUGGACAUCAGAGGAAAGGAAAAAGACGGCGAGAGCCCGCCAGAACACGACCCUCCACCUCCUCCAAUACUACCGAGGACGAGAAGAGAGGCGGACGACGAAGGGCAGGACGACUACGCGGAGGACGACAACUAUCACUACACCAACCGCCAGCCGAAGCUGCGACAAGCUCUCAAAGACAAGAAGGAGCUGAGGGUCGAGAGCAGAGACAGCAGUGAGGAGUACGAAUACGAGGAGAUGGACUGCUUCGCCACCCUGCCGCCUGCUGAUGCAGGGGUGUACCAGAACAUGCAGGGGGAGAGAGCAGAGGGGGCAGCAGCGGCGCACCCAUCAGCGUUCGAGCCACACGUGAGAGUGCGAGCUGGAGUCGGGGUUGGGGAUCCUGUUGCUGGUGACAGGUCUUUCGACAACCCAGGGUACUGGCACAGCAGGAUGUUCCUGAAGCCCAACGCAGUACCUACAUGAAGAACAAUUAGAUCUCAGUCCUGGGACAAACUCAUGAAGGACCUGAAAUUAGACACAGGAAAGCAGCAGAAUGUAGCCUAUGCUUUUACACACACACACACACAUCCACACACACAAUCUGGUACAGCUAUC